AUGGAAGUUAUUGUAUUAGAUACCGACGUUACAUUUGCAACUGACAUUGCUGAAUUAUGGGGAAUUUUUAGAAAAUUUACUUCAAAACAAGCUAUAGGUUUAGUAGAAAACCAAAGCGACUGGUAUUUAGGAAAGCUGUGGAAAAACCACAGACCUUGGCCGGCAUUAGGACGUGGCUUCAAUACUGGAGUGAUACUUCUUCACCUGCAAAGGUUGCGGGAAUUUUCUUGGAUGCAGAUGUGGCGACUUACAGCAGAGAAGGAACUUCUCAGUAUGCUAGCUACAUCGCUAGCAGACCAGGACAUCAUAAACGCUGUACUUAAACAGCAUCCAUAUCUGAUAUAUCGACUUCCCUGUCAGUGGAACGUACAACUUGGUGACAAUACAUUAAGCGAGCUAUGCUAUACGGAGGUUCAAGAUUUAAAGGUUAUACAUUGGAACUCUCCCAAAAAACUUAAAGUGAAAAACAAACACGUGGAAUUUUUCCGCAAUCUUUACCUGACCUUCCUCGAAUAUGAUGGAAACCUGUUGCGUCAGGAGUUGAUUGGGUGUAACAAAAGUAGGGCCAAUCAUGUGGAAGAUGUGUUGAACUCUAUAGAUGAAGAUGACCCAUGUUAUGAAUUCAGAAGAGCAAGGGUAGUCCAGCAUAGAACCCAUCUCUAUUAUAUAGAAUAUGACUAUGAACCUUCUUCAGAUGGAAAUGACGUCACUUUAGUUGCACAAUUAUCUAUGGACCGGUUACAAAUGGUGGAAGCGUUGUGUAAACACUGGGAAGGUCCUAUCAGUCUGGCUUUGUACAUGUCUGACUCUGAAGUCCAGCAGUUUCUUGGCUACACACUAAGUUCGGAGAUUCUACGAGUUAGGAAAAACGUUGGUUACCACAUUGUAUAUAGAGAUGGACCAUUUUACCCCAUAAAUCUUCUGAGGAAUGUAGCCUUACAACAAGUUACCACACCUUUUGUGUUCCUGACAGACGUUGAUUUUUUGCCAAUGUUUGGUUUAUACGAAAACUUGAAAAAGUCUGUGAUAAGUAUGGGCUUAGAAACGUUUAAAAAGGCACUUAUCGUUCCGGCCUUCGAAACACAACGUUAUCGACUCUCCUUUCCGAAGUCUAAAGCUGAGCUACUUUCCAUGCUCGAUAUGGGAACUCUAUUCACAUUUAGGUACCAUGUGUGGACACGUGGACACGCCCCAACUAAUUACGCGAAAUGGAGAACUGCUACCACUCCUUACCGAGUCCUUUGGGAACCGGACUUUGAACCUUAUGUUGUCGUCCGACGAAAUGUUCCUGAUUACGACAGAAAAUUUGUUGGGUUUGGCUGGAACAAAGUUUCCCACGUGAUGGAACUUCAUGCGCAAGGGUUCGAGUUUAUUGUGCUUCCGAACGCCUUUACUAUUCACAUGCCUCAUGCUCCAAGCUUUGACAUCGCUAAGUUUAGGUCCAGUUCACAAUACAGAAAAUGUUUGAAGAUUUUAAAACAAGAGUUUGUGAAGCAGCUUUCAACAAGAUACAGCAAAGAAUUUAACGUCGAGAAACGAAAGUUGAAAAGAUAGUACCUUUUAUAUCCUGAUAGAUGUUAGGUGGUCUGGACACAUUUGUGGCAACAGUUUUCUUGCCAAUAUCUAAUCAAAAUUUUGAAAGACUAGAAUACUUUCUAGCUAGAAGUUUUAUCCUUACUAAUACACUGCGAAAGCCAGUGAGUUUAGUUAAGCCUAAUAAAACCUUCAGUAUGAAAGAAUGACUAUACUAUCGAAUAAAACAACUUCAUCUGCUUUGAAAAAACAUUUUAAAAGUGGCAAACAUUAUUUGCAACGGUUGCCUUACAUCAACUUGAAAACAUGUCUACAGCGUUGUAUGAAAUGGUUCGAUAUGAGAUCGAAUAGACAGACGUCUAUACUACUAUAUGAAAUGGUUCGAUAUGAGGUCGAAAACACGUUCACAUUGUUGUAUGAAAGGUUCGAUACGAGAUCAAAAACGUGUCUACAGUGUUGUGUAUAUGGUUUGUUAUGAGAUUUUUGUUGUCUGUGGUUGUAACGAACACGAUCCAGAAAUAAAAACAAAAUUAUCUUAGUUCUAGGGAUGUGUUCACUUUAUAUAUUAAAUCCUGCAAGACUUGAAUUUCUUAAAUAAAGAGUAGCU